GGUUGGAGCCUCAGGACUUCCUUCACAGUGGUCUUCAUCGGAUUUAAACCUCUUUUGUACUUUGGGAAGAAAAACUGACUUUGCAUUGGGUAAAGGAAUAGUAGCUGUCUGAAAAGUUGAAGUCUUUGCAUAUUUUUGAACUCAUCAGGUAAGCGUUGCAUCAAAUCAGGUUUUGGGAAUGCAGCGUGUUUUCAUGUGGAGAUCGCUUUAUAUGAGUUUCAUUAUUUGAAAAGCUUAGUCUAACUGGCACAGCUCUGACUCAGAGACCCCAUAAAAGGAUCAGCGGGUCUUCGGAAUGUUUCCCACGGCUUUGCUGCUCGCGCUGUGGAGCGUUUUUGCGCACUUGGACACUUUUACGCACGGCUGCCAGCUGCCCUCCGACUGGCGGCCGCUGAGCGAGGGCUGCCGGGCGGAGCUGGCGGAGAUCAUCGUGUACGCCCGGGUACUGGCGAUCCACCGGGACCCGAUGGGCGUCGGGGCGCAGGGGAGCCUGUAUAACUCUCUGCCCUUCGGGUUCGGGUACGGGUACGAGGGCGCGGAGGAAGGGCUGCUGUACUCCGCCGAGGUGGAGCUGCUGUGCGAUCAGGCCUGGGGCAGCAUGCUGGAGGUGCCCACUGGAUCCAGACUCAACCUGACCGGCCUGGGGUACCUGUCCUGCCAGUCCCACACCGUGAUGGAGAACUACUCCUACUUCUUCUUCCUCAGGAUGGAUGACAACUACAACAUCCUUCCUCACGGUGUCAACUUCCAAGAUGCCAUCUUCCCCGACACGGGGGAGAACAGGCGCACGUUCUCCAGCCUCUUCCAGUUCUCCAACUGCACCCAGGGGAGCCAGCCGUUCCACACCUUCAGCCCGGAGUGGGACACCCAGGAGGACAGCAGGCUGCUGUGCUCCUCGGUGCAGGCCGCCCUGUUCGAGGAGGAGGAGCGCGGCAGGAAGCUGCAGGAGCGCAUGGCCACGGUGGAGAGGAGGAACCAGCAGCUGAAGGAGCGCGUCCGCAAGGUGAAGCGCUCGCUGCGGAACGCCCGCAAGGCCGCGCGCAAGGCCGAGCAGGAGGCGCGGGAGCUGCAGGAGAGGCUGGAGGCCGUGGAGAGACGGGCGGGGCACCACCUCAACGCCAUCACGCAGGAGGAUUCGCCGCAGGAGCGCUACGCCGGCGCGGCGAUCCGCCAGAGGGCGAAGCUUUAGGCCUGAAACCCGCCGGGACUGAGAGGAGCUGGAGGGAGGGGCUGCUGGGCGGCCUCUGAGCAAGGCACUAACAGGUCACAGACGAGGAAACGCGCUUUCAAAGUAAUCAUCUAGUUUCCCUGUAAAUAAACUGCUCUAGUUCUUUUCAAUCGGUUUCUGCUAUGAUAUCGUAAAGGUGAGGCUGAUCUGUGGGGAAAACGAAGAUUUACUCAAAGAGAACGUGUUCUUCUCGCAUUUUAAAAGUCUGGAACA